UCGUUCAAUAUGGCGUCGGUCUUAGCGUUUUGUGCACGACUUGGAUGAAAGUUCGAGUAAUGUUUUCGUUUGACGUUUCGAACAGGCAAUAUGAUAUUUAAUUCAGCGUUGGUAACGGAGUUUAAAUAUUUAUAAAUAUUUCAAGUUUAAAUGCAUUUUUAGCCAAAAGUCGACAAUCGCGUUGGAAAAGUUUGUGUUUACGUCACACAUGCUCCCUGUGUCUGCGAUCUUUAAAUAAUUAUGGAAAAUCAGUAUCAAGGAGUAACAGAGAGUUCUAAUAUUUGGAAUAAUUCUGGUUGUAAUAGUGAAGAUUGUAAGAAAGAAGAAACAGAGAGGAAUUUUGAUGCUAAAUAUCUUAUUAAAUCAGAAUGUCGAGUUGUUUUGAAGAGAUUGAAUAUUAAAGUAGAGAUUGAAGAUGGUAAAGAAGUUAUUUUCCUUCCAGAUGAAUACAAACACUUAAAUCUUAUCAAGAAGAUUAAUUUCUUCAUUCCCAAGAAAACAUUUAACAGAAAUAAAGUGAACAUCCAAAUUAACAAGGAUGAACAGAAUAAAGAACAUCACAUUUCAAAAAGAACAAAGCAAUAUAAACAUGAGACCAACAGGAAGAGGUUUCGUUUUUCAGUUAAAAACUUGAAUAAAAUACAAUGUAAUAUUAAAAAGAAGUACUUCAAGAUAAUGUGUGCAUUUCAUUUUAAAGAAAAGUUCACAUGUAAUUUAUGUACCCAGCCUUUCACAAAUUACAAAGUAUUAAGAGCCCAUCUGUUCUUUCAUAUUGGAAACAAACCAUUUCAAUGCACAACCUGCAAUCAGAUGUUUUACUGGGAAUUUGUUUUACGAAGACACAACAAAGAACACUACAAUAAAAUGCAAAUGUUACAAAAAUCAUUGGAAGCCAGAAACACAAGAAUAUUUGAGUCGUCAAAGUAUCUUAUAGAGCAAUGGAAGCCCUGUGAAUGUGAGAUUUGUGGUAAGCGUGUUAUGUCACUGAGCCGAUUAGAGAAGCACUAUAAAACACAUUCAUCUUAUAUUUGUAGCAUAUGUAAAAAACAAUUUAAACUUAUAUCUCGUUUGAGAGAUCAUCUGGUAGUGCAUAGUGAAGAUCGCUCGUUCAAAUGCAACAUUUGUAAUAAGGGUUUUAAAACGAAAAAAAAUUUAAAAGUUCAUGCUGAAACUCAUAGCGAUGAAUAUAAAUAUUUCUGUAGUUUAUGUAUUAGAGGUUUUGAAACAAAACAGGAUUUUAAAACUCAUAUUGAGGCUCAUGGUGACAAAUAUAAGUAUUCUUGUGAUAUAUGUGGCAGGAGUUUUAAAACGAAACACUAUUUGUCAAAUCAUAAACUCAUUCACCACAAUAGAAGUUAUUUUUGUGAGGUAUGUAAUACAAGUUUUAAAACACAGCAAGGUUUAAAGACUCAUGUCAAAAUACACAGCGACGAAUAUAAAUAUACUUGUCAGAUCUGUGACAGGAGUUUCAAAACAACGAGCGGUUUAAAUGUUCAUAAGUUAGUACAUACCAAAGAACGUAAGCAGUGUUGUGAAAUAUGUGGUCAAACUUUUAAACAUAAAAGUGCUUUAAAAAGACAUCGCCUUAUUCAACAUAAAGUGUAGGCAAGUAAAAAGAUUUUGUCAAAAACUAUUUGAAAACUAAAGUUAUAUUGAGAAGUUCAUUCUGUAAAAAGGAAUUGAAAAAUUAACACAAAUUAAAUUGUUUACCAGAAAACUCGCCUUGACAUAAGACUAUUUUAUUGUGAGAUAUAUACAUUCUACACUAAAAAACUUCAUGAAACUACUUAUGAUGAGUACAGUUUUUUUUAUAUUUGUGAAUCAUAAUAAGUGUAUUUAUCUUAAAACUAUCUUCUUAAGGCAUCAAGGUAUUCAUGUAACCAAACAACAUUCUUGCUACUAAUGUAAAAACAAAUUAUCAAACAGAAAGUAGACUGACUAAAAUAAAAUUGCAUGAUAACAUUUAAAAUGUUAUUGUUUAAAACUGCACACCAAGCAAUUUACCUUAUCAAUAUAUUACAAGCAACAAACUUAUAGAAGAAUUGAAGAUACAGUAGAGCAUCAAUUAUCCGACCCCCCGAUUAACCGUCACUUUGGUUAACCGACCGUUUUAGUCGGCAAAUGUCAAAUGUCCGCUAGUGAUGUGGCACUACAAUAUUUGGCUAUGUC